UAAACUAACCGUAGCCAACUAUUUUAUACUCUGUACUUGCUAUUGGCUGUCAAAUAUGGGCGAAGUACAAAUAAGUUUCAGCUUGUGACUCAUUUUUAUUUAGUUACUUUAAUUUUACAUAAAUAUGUCCAAAAACAUAGUCUUUGAGGGCUGGUUGACUAAAUCACCUCCUAUAAAACGAAUUUGGCGAACGAAAUGGCGGAGAAGGUGGUUUGCCUUGCGACAGUCAGGCGAACUCCCGGGCCAAUAUUUUCUAGAUUACUACGCCGACCGGAAUUGCAGGCGACUCAAGGGCACUAUCAAUUUGGAUUUAUGUGAACAGGUGGAUGCCGGGCUUCAUAUGGAGCGAUCUGGUACUGGAACGCUAGAUCCUAAACUGCGUGGGUCCGUGUUUACCAUCCAAACCCAGUCUAGAACUUACCAUCUCGAGGCUGACUGCGAGACGGAAAUGGAGAAGUGGGUGGACGCUAUAUGCAGAGUUUGUGGACUGCGGGCGACCGAAGACUCUGCCAAUGUUCUCGUUACCUACCAAAACAGCAGCACUAUGACCGCUUCUAACGAACAUUAUGAACGUGUGGACUCUACGGGGCCUUACAUACCAAUCUCAGAAUGUAUCACAGGAGUGCGCGUUAGGGAUGAUCAAAGGCCGUUCCCUUUUAAUCAGAGGAGUGGAGACAAUAAAAAUCAUCAAUAUUUGAGCCAGCCUCAUAUAAGAAUAAAUGCAGAAUUUUCAGAAAAUGAAUCGAACAUAAGCGAUGACGAUUGCAAGUCAUUGAAUGCUAGUCAGCCUAAUAUAAGGGAUUGGUCAGUCGCAAAGACCUUUACAAAAUUAGCAAUAAAUCAAAAACGGAAUGGCGUUUCUGAAGAUGGUCCGCCAGUGCCGCCCAGGCCACCUAAGACGUUCGCCAUGAAUGCUCCAAAAGAAUCUUUUCAAGGGCCGAAAAUAUUGGAGCCAGUCGAAGUACAUGUCGAAAAUACCUCUCCGCAGGGUCACCCGUGGCUGCGGAUACCGCGGCGCACGUCGCAGAGCGGGGCGCCGUCGUCGCCGCGCCGCUCGCACCGCGCGCCCAGCACCGUGCGCUUCACCGACGACGAGGACGACUACUCGCCGGGCCAAGGGUCAAUGCAGUAUUGUAAUCUGCCUUCGUUACCGCCCGCGGUGGACCGCGCGUCCAAGCCGCGGCAUUCCAGUCACAGCAUAGGACACAUAAACCAUCUCAGUGGACAGACCAAUUUACAAAUGUACCGAAGUGACGAGGUGAAACCAGAUGUUUUGCAGUAUUUGGAUUUAGAUCUCCAUACCGCACCAACGAAGUCUUACGAUGUACCUCGCAAGAAAAUGGACAUCGCACACGGCAAGUCAUAUUCGACCGUGGACGCCGACUCUGCUUACAAAACAGUAGAUUUCCUAAAGACCGAAGCCUUCAAUAUAACGCGGCAAGACGCAGAGGCGUCGCGGAGUAACCAUCAUUGAUUGAUUAUAAUUAACUUAUAUUUACAAGUUAUUUUCAUUUACAAAUAUUCUUUGUAUAUAUAGUUUACUAUAAUGCAGAUUAUAAUUUAUUUAGUAAGUAGUAAUAUACAAUUUGCUUUAAGAAUGUAAUAUCAUAAUUUGUGAGGGUAUGGACGUAAGCAUACCUCGAUAGGUUCAAUAUAUUGGAUUGGCUUUAAAACAACGAAAAUGUGAAAAAAAAACGAUCACUUUUUUCAAUUCUAUAGAUUUAUCACGCACACAAGUCUGUUAUAUUGUACAAAAUCGUAUUUAUAAGAGACUUACGAUAAUAAGAAAUACACCUAUAGAUAAUAAGUGUAUUUUUGAGUAGCCAUGAUAAUGCAGAUCUGCGUCGUCGACAACGAUUUUUUAACCAUAGAUCUGCCUGUUCCGCAAAUGAAACAUUAGGUAAUUAAAGUUGUCCCAGAAAUAAAUAUUCUAUUAUAAAUACAUUGGGCGAAAUGACAAAGCCUGGAAACGAUUACUAAAUAGCAAUUACUUGACAACUACGUCUAAAAGACUGUCCAUAAACUAAGAAACGAUGUAUUAAAGUGAGUUUAUAUUUGAACGAUUGCAAAUGUAAACUAAGACUGGCAUUUAAAAAAUGAAAACGUAUUUUGAUUGUAUUAUUAUUAUGUAAUCUUAUUUUAUAGAAUAUUGUUUUUUAUAUUGUUUUCUGCACAAUUAUAUUUGUUUUAUUUUCGAAAAGUGGUCAUAAACUAUUUACACCAUGAAUAUGUGUGUCGAUAAUUGUCAUGACAGAUUAUAAAAUCUUUUAUAUUAAUAUCGUAUGUAUAUACAGGGUGUCAUGUAAUCGUGGACCAAUUAAAACGAGCUGAGGAGACUCUUAUGCCUUAAAACUAUUUGAAUAAAAUUGGAAGUUGAUACGCAUAAAGGAUCCAGCCCACAAAAUGACAGUUUUGAAAUAGUGAAUAUUGAAGUCGAAAUCGUAUUAUCAUUGAUUUUCUAUUUUAUAUUUUGUUAAUAAUGAGGUUCAAAAUAACACAUUUUGAUUAAGAUGUUUUUGCUAAUGGAAAAUGUAGAUUUUAUAGACUAUAACUAAUUUGACAUACUCGGCUCAUUUUCGACCAUACUGUUGGUUGGAUCUUUUUUGUCUAUCUACGUCCUAUUACCAUUAAUAGAAAAUUAGAAAUAAUUUGCACCAUAUAAGAUCAUUUAUGCCCUGUAAAGUCCUAGUUUCGUUUGGCGGAUUGUAUUACAUACUGUAUAUUUAUAAUAUAGUUAUGUAUGUGUAUUUAUAUGUAAAAAUGAUUAAAGAUUCAUAGACUAAUAUCGAUCUCCAUGAAAGUUGGCGCAUCCAAAAUAUAUUUCAUGGACAGGGUAUUUGUGCUAUAUAUAAUUCGCCGCUGGAUGGCGUUUACUACGCACCAAAUUUUUACCCAUAGCAUUACGGUUACAAUUAUACUUAAGUAAGAUACGUGUCCACUCGGACGAAACCGCGGGAAGAACUAGUAUUUUAUAAUAAUUAUACUCAUACUUAUGUAUCUACUUAUAUAACGUACAGAUUUAAUUUAGCUGACCAAAAUGAAAAAUACCUUAAAAUAACAUUCCCGAACGUUUAUUAUUCAUGUUGUUUUGAUGUGCCCUGAAUAUUGCGAGUGAAGGUCGAAAAAUAUGAGGUCGUAUGUAAAGUCGCAUGCAUCAUACAUAGCAAUUUGUGAUUCAGUAUUGAAUACACAAUAAACAUAAAUAAUAUAGAUAUUCAAGUGCAGUGGAGUGAUUUCGUGAAAUAUGUUGUUCUUGUACGGGAGUACCAGUGAUAACAUUCAAGCAGUAUUCAAUUUACGCACAAUACUUGUAUGUUUGUUGAGUGUUUGUGGCCGCAAAAUCGACGAACAUCUUCUCCUGACUGUAUUUGUGCUAACAAAACUAGUUAUUUCUUGUAGCAUAAUAAUUAUAUUAUUGAAAUCGUUUAUGUAAAUUGAGGCUGUAUAUAAAGUGACAGUGUUUUCUAUAUUGCUAUGCUUAAGUUAUAAUUUGUGGUUAAGUGGCAAUGUGUAUUAAAAGGCAAAUUCUGACAGUA